UUUCACGAGAUGACCCGUGUUUUUAUUUUAACACCUGGCCCCCCGGCGUAGGCUGAGGCUCCAGCAUCACAGCCAGUCAUUGAGCUCGGUGUGAGUUUCCGUCACGUAGCGGAGGUUACACCGAUGCUAGCUGCUGUUAGGAGGCUGUUCAGGGAGCUGAUUUCUGCGGCUGCACCUCCUGCUGGCACCUCGCUAACCAGCAGCAGUUAGCUUCCUGUGCACCAGCUUCAGUUGUUUCACCGGUGACAGCUGUCUCCUGCCUGGGUUUACUGCUCUCCUGGGGACUAUUAUGACUCAUAGCUAACCAGAGGCUAACCUGCUAGCUGCUGCUGGUAGAUGCUGCUAGUUGCUAGCCGCUGCUAGCCGCCGUGUGUCCGAUGGAGCUGCAGUGUUGUUCGGCCUGCCGAAGAUGACGGGCCGCCGGAGCCUCAACCAUGGACCCUGAGGAUGGGUGGACUAAAACAGUGUCUGCUCAGAAACCUGUGGACCCAACAGUUCUCGGCCAACACGAUGGAAGCCUCGCUUCCUGUCCAAAUCUAAUGAUGAGUAGGCGCGAGAACGGCGACGCGAGGCCGGCCCCUGUGGCCCUCACCCCCCAGCUACGUCCCAGGGUCCACCGGCCCCUGUGCGUGUCCGUGUCCUCCGACAGCAGCGGGAGGUUCAAAGCUCUGGAGACGCAGGAAUGGAAGAACAACCUCAAAGCUCAGAUGGAGCAGGCUCACAGUGGGGGAGCUGCCAGCAGCACGGGGUCCCUGGAGCGAGCAUCCCUGUUCUGUGUCUCAGCCUCCACCACAAACUGCAACUCCAGUCUGCCCAGCCCUGUGGAGAUCCUUAACAAGAGCAAAAUGUCCAGCCGCUUCUCGCUCUUCUCUCCACCUUGGAACAGCAGCUCAGAGUCGGACUCGACACCUCCAUCCCGCUCGGGCUCCAAGAAACUGCGGAACUACAGUAGGAGAGCCGUCACCAGGCCAGCAGGAGCCAGGGCCCCCGACACACCAGAGCCCAAAGCCAUAGGCCUGGAACAGUUCCAGUACUCUGAUCCUGUCAUUUCCAAAGUGACGGAUUACAUCUAUGUGGGUAACCUGAACGCUGCGUACAAUGGGCGUGCUCUGUGCCGCAACAACAUUGACAGCAUCAUCGACAUGAGCAGUGUGCCCGGAGAAACUGGCCACUGCCUCAGUCUCAUACCCUGCACCUGCUCACGUGGUGCCCGGCACAGCUGGUCCCGGCUUAAGGUGGACAUUGGGGACACGCCGGACAACAUGGGUGAAAGCCCGAUGCUCAAGGACUGCUGCUUUGAGGACAUCAACGAGUGCAUUAACGCCUCCACGGAGAAGAGGAAGCGUGUUCUCGUUCAUUGCCGGGAUGGGUUUUCUCUAGCACCAACGUGCAUCAUCCAGUACCUGAUGGUGAAGCAAAACAUGAGGCUGAUCAGUGCUUAUGAACUGCUGAGGGCCAAGUACCCUGUCAACAUCAAAGAGUGCCACCAGAACGUUCUGGUGAGCCUGGAGAGAGCCCUGCGGCCGGGUGGCGAUGUCGAUCCCAAGUGCUUCAAACAGGCGAUCUCACGCAAAGUGGCUUGGAACUGACUCAGUGCCACCAACCUUUUCUUUCUUUUCCAAAAGACAAACCAAAGGCAGCUGUACUUCUCUCUGUACACUGGGCCUCUGGAGUUGAUUUGUUCUCCUUUUUGGUUGAGUGGCUGUAGGACUUUAGUGUAAUUUUUUGUUGUAGUUGAUACCGUUUGUUUUGCAGAUCUGUGAAUGUGAUUAGGCUGUAAGUUUCCUUCUCAUCCUCUGUAAUGUAAAGCACCAUCUCACUUGGCUGAGACCAUUGGAGACUAGUUAGUGCAGUGGUUCUUAACCUGGGUUCGAUUGAACCCUAGGGGUUCGAUGAGCUGGUCUCAGGUGGAGCCUCUGCCGCGGAGGAGUAAAAUCGUGAUAACACGCCCCACUUGGCCAUCACUUGCUGCAGAGGAUCACGUGAGAUUGCUUGGCCAAUCAGUGCUGGCCCCAGAAAAGUAUUUUGUGGAUUCAAAACGACAAAAAA